AUGAACGCAGAUUUAGGCUCCCCGUUCCCUGCAUCGCCCACCAUUCAGUCGCUACAUGAUGAGGACAGCAACGAAAAUGGAACGGAAGCCAUACAUACAGAUACACAUCGUGCAUCGUACAAGGAACUCAAGCUGACGGACCAAACGAAUUUGCUUCCGUUCCGGAAGGUCGUCUCUGUCUUUGCUGGACUCGCAGUUUGUAUUGUAGUCUCCACGCUCGACAUGACUCUUGUUGCAACGGCUCUCCCAAGUAUUUCGGCCGAAUUCCAUGCCGGAUCUGUAUCCUCGUUCAUCCCGUCGGCUUACCUUUUGACUUCCACCGCAUUCCAGCCACUAUAUGGACGCUUCUCGGAUAUUUUUGGUAGGAAGGUCGCUCUGUGCCUAGCCAUGGCUGUCUUCAUGUUGGGAAAUCUUGCCGCGGGUUUCUCAAGGAAGAUUAGCGAAGCGAUUGUAUUUAGAGGUAUUGCUGGGGCUGGUGGAGGUGGAAUCGUCUCCAUGGCACAAAUCAUCAUGUCGGAUGUUGUAAGCUUGAGGGACAGAGGAAAAUAUCAAGGUAUUAUCGGCGUAGUUGUCGCGUUGGGUUACGGCGUUGGACCGCUCAUCGGUGGAGCACUGAGCGAGAAGGUCUCCUGGAGGUGGUGUUUUUGGAUUACUCUCCCAGUCUCCCUAUGUGGUAUAGUGAUAGUGACAUACAUUCUUCCGCUGAAAAGUGUUGAGGGCGAUAUCAAAAGGAAACUCCUUGCAAUCGACUAUGUUGGUACAGCGUUGACCCUGAGUGGUUGCACACUCGUCAUUCUUCCUUUGAUCUGGGGAGGUGUUACCUUUCCUUGGCGUUCCGCAAUCGUCCUCGCGACACUUUUCUCCGGUAUCUGCGUUGUUUCUAUAUUCUGCCUCUGGGAGUGGAAAGUCGCGAAACUACCAAUUGUUCCAAUGUACAUUUUCAGGCACGUCACUGUCUCCGGAGUGUACAUAACGAUGUUUGUCAAUGGAUUCGUCUUCAACUCAUCGCUGUACUACCUCCCCCAGUUUUUCCAAAUCGCCCUCGGAUAUUCGCCAAUCCGCUCAGGCGUCUUCUUACUUCCCGUACUAGUUAGUCAGACCUUGGCAAGUUUCAUCGCCGGCGUAAUCGUAUCGCGGACAGGGCGCUACCGAAGCAUCAUUUACAUUGGUUUUGGCGUCUGGGCCGUUGGAUGUGGCUUACUUUCAACCGUUAACGCCAGUUCCGGAACGGUGAGACCAGUCGUGUAUAUGCUUCUUGCUGGUAUCGGUGCUGGACAGACACUACAAACGACAACGGUUGCGGCGCAGGCUAGCGUUUCACGCCGCGAUAUGUCUGUCGUUACCGCUGUCCGGAAUUUUGUUAGGCUCCUCGGCGGCACUCUCUCUCUCGCUAUCGGAAGUACUAUCAUAAACAAUUCUCUUCGCGCGAAGAUGUCCGCACUCAAGAUUGCCACCCCAGCAAUCAAUGAUAUUAUCGAUGAUCCGACAGUCCUCCACCCGCUUUUGUCUUCCUCUUCUGUUGUUAGCCCUGAUCUCGCUGGCAUCAACACGACAACCGUCCAGUCCAUUCUUGACGGCUAUACUCACGGUUUCCGUGCAGUAUUCAUACUCAACUCAGUGCUUGCCGCGUUGUCUGUCGCUGUUGCGGCGGUGAUGAUACAUCAUAAAGAACUAACUCGUGCAGAUGAAAAAGAGAUGCGGAAGCUUGCGCUUGAGAGUCUCGAUGCGCAAAAGCACAGGGCAAAGGGUGUUGGAAGGGAUAUGGAGAUGGGAGUGAUCGAUAGAAAAGAUAUGAAUACUUGUGAAGAAGCGGGACACCAGCACCUUCCCGGAAACGAAGGAGAGGUCAUGGCGGUGGUGACGGUGGAUCCAGCAUCUGCGAAAUAG